AUGUCGGACGAAGAACCCAUAGUGGAAAAGGAAGAGAUGGAGGAUUUAUUUGGAGAUGAAGAAGAAGAAGAAGAAGAGGAAGAAGAGAGAAAUGUUGAAUCUAGGGCACGUAGCGAUACAGAGGAGAUUUCUCAAAAUGUUAGCGAGCAAGAGGAGACCAGGGGCAAGGCAAGGGCCAGGGCCAGAGUCGAGGAAGACGAUGAUGACGAAGAACGAGAAGAAGUUGAAGAUGAAGACGAGGAAGAAGAAGUGGAAGAAGAGGAGAAACAAACUUUGGAAAUAUCAUUACCACGUCACGCCAUAAGUCUGAUAAGCGAAGGAACCAAGAUAUUGAGAACGCCGGCGCAUUUAAACAUAGACCCGCACCCUUUUGAUCCAUCCAAAUUCAAGGAGCAAGUUGAACAAAAAGACGAGGAACGAACCAAACGCGGGUUGACGUCAAAACAGAUAUACAAUGACCAAUUGGCUGAAAAAUUGAUCAAUGAAACUACCGUGAGGUGGAGGUACCACAAUUCGGGCAAUGACGAGAUCAUCAAACAGUCCAAUGCCCAUUUUGUCCAAUGGGAUGAUGGCAGUGUCAGUUUGAAAAUUGGCAACGAGAUGUUUGACGUGAAAAGUUUGCCUGUUGUUGACACCUUGUUGGUGAGGUUACACAAGACAGCCGAGAUUUUACAAGGCGACUCCCUUGUUGAAUGCAAUAUUAAUCUCCUCCCCGCGUCGAACGACUCGAUACACAAGAAAUUGCUUCAAGUGAUGAAAAACGUGCAAUUUAAAGACAAGAUCUUGAGCACCACCACCGACGACGAUCCGUUGAAAAAGCAGAGACUCGAAGACGAGAACGAGAGAAAAAGAUUAAAGAUGAAACGGCAGUUGGAGAACAAACGACGCCAACAGGAAGAGAAAUGGGACAAUGGACCGGGACCGGGGCCCAGAACUAGCACGUCUAGAAGAUCAUAUGCCUAUGACGACGACGAAGAAGAAGACGGCUAUGAUGCAGGUGGAGGCGAAUACGACGAAGGCGACGAUUUUGUAGCUGGAGACGAAGAAGACAUUGAACAGUACGACGAGGACGACGAAGAAGAAGACGACGGAGAAGGAGAAGGAGACAUGCGCGGAGAAGCCGAAGAAGAAGAAGAGUUUGAAAAAGGAGCCGAAAGAUUGAGGAAAUUGAAACAAGAAGGCUCCUCCAGAUACAAGGAGACGGAAGAGGACACCAGGAAAAGAAGAAGAAUCAUCGACAGUGAUGACGAGUAG